GCCGUUCACAGUGUAAACAUCGAUCAUAUUUGUAACAGUUCAGGAAGUAGCAAGCAAUGGAGAGGUUGUUGUCAUCUGUGGAGAAGUUGUUGUCUCCGGAGACGGCGGCGGUUAUAAAAGAGAAGGCAGGAGAAGGGCUUGAGUUAGUUGUCAGACUGUCAACGGAUUACAAGCUCGUCCUUGUCGGGGCCGGGGCUGUCGUUGGGUUGUAUUGGUACACCACCUGGACACAUGGAUUCUUCAAGAAGUUGGGAAUUCCCGGUCCAAAGCCAGGAAUAAUUGGAGCACUUGGUCAAUACAAGAAAUAUGGGACCAUUUCUAAACAUGACCAACAGAUGAUUGAGAAAUACGGCAAGGUUGUAGGUCUUUUCCAUAUGCGCCAACCGAUAUACCUCAUUGCUGACACGGACAUAAUAAAACAGAUCACAGUUAAGGAAUUUGCAUCGUUCAUCAACCGCUCAAAAGGCUCCAACUUUCCACGAGACCCACUGUUUAAGGAGUCGCUUGUUUUCUUGGUUGAUGAUCACUGGAAGUUCAUUCGAGGCAUCCUGAGUCCCACGUUCACAGCAGGCAGGAUGAAGGAGAUGAUACCGCUGAUGCAGACUUGCAUGGCUUCUCUAGUGACAAACCUCUGGAAAACUACAGAAGAAGGCACGAAAACAGUCAAAAUGAGAGACAUAUUUGGGCUGUAUUCUCUGGAUGUCAUCGCCUCUACAGCAUUCGGCAUUGAGGCUGACUGCCAGGCAGACCCUGAAAAUGCCUUUAUAAUCAACGCUCGGAAGAUGACAGAAAGAGGACUCAAACUGAUUGUUGUUUUUAUGGUCUGCUCUUUGUUUCCCUUCAUGACCAAAUUGUUGGAAGCUGGUGGUUUCAAGAUGAUUGAUGCUGGUUGUCGAAAAUUCUUCACCAAGGCUGUGCUUCAGACCAUAUCAGACAGAAGAGAACUUAACAUUAGCCGGAGAGACUUCCUGCAGCUCAUGCUUAACUCCCACAAGCUGGAGGUGAAACAGGAGGAGAAGGACUCCGAUUCCUACGUGGAGAUGGACAAGUCAUUGAGAAGAGGCAUGACAAACGAUGAGAUUCUGGGCAAUGCUGUCCUGUUUCUUACUGCUGGAUAUGAAACUACGAACCUGACUUUGGCGUAUUUCGCCUACAACCUUGCAACCAACCAGGACUGCCAGGACAAACUGAUAGAGGAGAUUGACCGCGUUCUCAAUGGGCAGCCCCCAGAUUACGAGAGCAUGUCAAAGUUGGAAUACCUGGACGGUGCCUACCUGGAAACUCUGCGACUCUUCCCACCAGCUAUAAGGAUGUCCAGACUAACAGAAGAGGAUAUCACGAUUAACGGUGUCCUCUUCAAGAAAGGAGUUGAAGUGCACAUUCCUAUUGGUGCCAUACAUAAAGAUCCUGAAAAUUGGCCUGAUCCAGAGACUUACAACCCAGAGAGGUUUCGUCCAGAGAAUCGCCCGGAGAAUUACAACUAUGUGUUCCUGCCGUUUGGAGCUGGUCCUCGGAACUGCAUCGGGAUGAGGCUUGCUCACCAGACAGUCAAGAUGGCCAUUGCAGGAAUUCUCCAGAAGUACCGCUUUGUCCCCGGUCCAGAAACAAAGAUACCUCCAGAGACAAAUGCCUUUGAACCAAAGCCAUUGGAUGGAAUGAUGCUGAGAAUUGAGAAAAGAUAAAAGGAGAAGUCACUCCAUUUCACUCAUGAAAGGGAGAUCACUCUGAUAUACAUACAAGAGAACAAACUCUUCCAUUUUGAUCCUAUAGGGACAUCACUCUUUUCUUCUUCAAAGGGAGAUCACUCUGAUUUUGUCAUGAAAGGGAGCAAACUCUAUUGAUUAAGAGGCUUUUCUUACAUUGAUUCAUUCAUCAAAGGGAGGGUUACUCUGAUUCAUUUGUAAGAGGGAGGUAAUCUGAUUCAUACAUCAGCUGAUUCUUAAGUGACAUGAGCGUCCUUCUGUCAUGGUCAUGAGGGGCGGUCGGGUAGCCUAGUGGUUAAAGCGUUCGCUCGUCACGCCCAAGACCCGGGUUCGAUUCCCGACAUGGGUACAAUGUGUGAAGCCCAUUUCUGGUGUCCCCCGCCGUGAUAUUGCUGGAAUAUUGCUAAAAGCGGCGUAAAACCAUACUCACUCACUCACUCACUCACUCACUAACUCAUGGUCAUGAAAGUUAAUUUCAUAUUGCACAGUUUAAGUCAAAUUGGUAUAUGUAAAUAUGAGGCUACUGAAGUAAAAAUGUAAAUACCAUGGACUUUUGAGCCAUGUCAUUCCCAGUUUAGUCAACCCUGCCUUCAUUAAUACUGCAGCUUCUAAAAUGUCCCUUAAAUAGUUGUCAGAUGUGUAAAGGUUUGUGAAAUCAUUUACACUGCCAAUACGAUGUACAAAUGUUAAGGAUCCCGUGAAGAUUCUGGGGUAGAAUAGGUCUUCAGCAACCCAUGCUUGCCGUAAAAGGUGACUAUGCUUGUCGUAAAAGGCGACUAAAGGGAUCGGGUGGUCAGGCUCGCUGACUUGGUUGA